AAAGGAGGAGCUGGGGGCGGCCCCGCGCGUCCCAGAGCUCCCAGCUCUUUAAAAGCCGACGGCCUUGACAACUCCGCUGGCCGUGCAUCCCGCCGCCCGGUGUCCACGCGCUCCCACCUGCAGCCAGCUCUCGGUGCCAAGAGGCCGGGACGCUCCGCCAGCAGCGCGAUCCCAGACGCGCCCAUGCGGCCGCCCAUCAUGUCCGGGCACUUUCUGCUCGCGCCCAUCCCGGAGUCCUCCUCCGACUACCUCCUGCCCAAGGACAUCAAGCUGGCGGUGCUGGGCGCCGGCCAUGUGGGAAAGAGCGCAAUGAUUGUGCGCUUCCUGACCAAGAGAUUCAUCGGCGACUAUGAACCGAACACAGGCAAACUGUAUUCCAGACUCGUUUACGUGGAGGGGGACCAGCUAUCCCUACAGAUUCAAGACACCCCAGGAGGCAUCCAGACCCAAGACAACCUCAGCAACACAGUUGAUUCUCUGUCCAAGUGCAUGCAGUGGGCUGAGGGCUUUCUGCUGGUCUACUCCAUCACAGACUAUGACAGUUACCAGUCUAUCCGGCCCCUUUACCAGCACAUCCGGAAGGUCCAUCCUGACAGCAAAGCCCCUGUCAUCAUCGUGGGGAACAAAGGAGACCUUCUGCAUGCCCGGCAGGUGCAAACACAUGAUGGUCUUCAGCUAGCCAAUGAGCUGGGUAGCCUGUUUCUUGAAGUUUCUACUAGUGAAAACUAUGAAGACGUCUGUGAUGUGUUUCAGCAUCUCUGCAAGGAAGUGAGCAAACUCCACAGCCUCAGCGGGGAGCGGAGAAGGGCAUCUAUCAUCCCGAGGCCUCGUUCCCCCAACAUGCAGGACCUGAAGAGGCGCUUCAAGCAGGCUCUGUCUUCUAAAGUAAAAGCCCCCUCCACCCUAGGGUGACCCAUCUCAAACAGACCAAUGUCUUUUUUAUUAUUGCAUUUGUGCAGCUACAAAGACUGGGCCUUUCCCUUUUAAAACACAUUCAGAGUUUAUUUUUAUAAUGACUUUAUUGGCUUUCAAGUGUAUGUGUAUUUCUGAAAAUUCAAACAGUCAUUAACUAGAAGUUUUUUUAAAUAAGUUUUUUUUUUUUUUUACUGUAAC